GGUGCUUCCGUUUGCCUUCAAGAGGAGUCUCCUCCCCUCUCGGGGUCCUCGCGAGCGGCUGUUUGGAAUUGUCGCGAGCGCUGCGUUCGUUUUCGCUCCUUCGUAGCUGUGAUAGGAAAAGAGAUGGUGGACGUCGGUGCUUGAGGGGAAGAGCAGUUGCCACAGACUGCCCGCUCGGUGCCCGCCAUGGCGGAGGAUUCGGAGCUAGAGAGGCAGUAGAAGAACUUCUAACAGAGGCCAAGCGUGGGAAAACUAGAGCAGAAACCAUGGGAGCCAUGGGCUGGAUGAAGUGUCCCCUUGCCAGCACAAAUAAAAGGUUUCUGAUUAAUACUAUUAAGAACACAUUGCACUCCCCAAAGGAGCAAGAGCAGGGACAAAAACAUCAAGAAGACAGUAAGGAAUCUGAGCCAAACCAGAGCAGGGAAGAAACCAAACCAAAGAGACACAGAUCCCACCCUUACAAACCUAGCUUUCGGUCUAGGAGAAGGGUAAGCUCUUCUCCUCCUAGGCACCGGAACAGGAACCAACACUCAAAGGACGAAAAGCGAUCAAGCAAAUGAUGAGGAAUCCAUGCCAUUCCAAGAAUGAAUUGAAACACUGAACUCUGGAGGGAUGUUUAUAUACCUUCAAAUAGAGGGCAUUGUUCAGUACAGAUGUCUGCAUUGGCAACAGCUUUUUAGAGAUGAGCAAACCCCUCUUCUCAUGAACUUUCCUUAAGGAGUUCUCAUGUUUGAAAAAACAAUGUCAGUGUAUUCCUCUCCUGUUUCCCCUGCUCUGCAAGCCACCCUCCAUUCCCUAUUCAAUUAAAGUUGUUGCCUUUCUUUUGAUUGUUGUAAUGUUGUGCUUAGCACAGGCCAUUUGGAAACAAUUAUCUUUAAAUUAAUACACAUAAAUGUGUAUUCUGUACUUGAUAAGUUAUUUUGCUUCUAAAUACCUUCAAAGAAGCUACUCAAUCUUUGCUUUUAAAAAAAAUUGUUCCAGAGGUAUAGAAAGCUUGAUAUGCUUUUUGACCUGCAUGUGGCUAGAUUUGAGUGAGUUUAAUGCGCCUAUAACCUGAAAAUGUCUGAUGUGACACCUAAAUACACUGAUUACUAAAUGUCAGUAAGCUUAACGUAUAUUGGUAAUUGUACAAGAAAUAGUUUCCCUGAUUGAGUGGCUCUGGUGUCCACAUGGAAACUUCAGUACACACAUAGAACUCUGCACAAGAUAUAGAUGUUCAUUCACUUCAAACUUGGGGGGGGGAUGCACCAGACAUGUCAUUUGUUUGUGUGCACAGAAUAUUUCCCAAUGAUGAAGUGAAUGAUGGAGCCCUUUUUUUGACCUAGAGUUUUGCAUACACAUGGAACCUGUUAGAUCACAGCUGUUGGCUUGAUCUAAAAUUGGUUUUCAUUGUUUUGCAUCCAUCCAUGUAGAUGAUGUGUGAAGCAUCACUAAUAAAUGCAACUGUGUGUUGAGAUGUCUCUUGAGUGGCAAUGGAAUGAAGAACAUACUAUCAGAAGAGUGAAAACUACAUUUUUAUUGCAAAUUGCUGACUACAUUUGCAAAACAAUAUAGGAAAUUGCCACUUAGAGUCUGACUUAUCUUGUUACAGUGGGAUUGAUCUUCGUCAUUUCUCUAUUGUAUGGAAACAUUGACAUUUAAAUCGUUAGACAAAGUUAUUUGGAUGAUUGUAUGGUUAAGCUGUUUUCAACCUUGGAUAGUUUUCCUGAGUUAACAUUAAACUUGAACUGUGUUACUAAAA